AUGCAGCUCGCCAAGUCGAACAAGGCCUCGGGCGCCAAGCCCCUUGCUUUCCUCGCUACCGGAAAGCAGAUUGUCGCCCGUGAGACCCCUCUCGGUCUCUACAAGGGUCUCGGUGCCGUCGUCACCGGUAUCGUCCCCAAGAUGGCUAUCCGUUUCGCCUCGUUCGAGGUCUACAAGUCGUGGCUCGCCGACGAGACUGGCAAGCUUACCGGCUCGUCCAUCUUCAUUGCCGGUCUCGGUGCCGGUGCCACUGAGGCCGUCCUCGUCGUGAACCCCAUGGAGGUCGUCAAGAUCCGUCUCCAGGCCCAGCACCACUCGCUCGCCGACCCCACCGACGUCCCCCGCUACCGCAACGCCGCCCACGCCCUCUACACGAUUGUCCGCGAGGAGGGCUUCUCGACCCUCUACCGUGGUGUCGCCCUGACUGCCCUCCGUCAGGCCACCAACCAGGGUGUCAACUUCACCGCCUACCAGUACUUCAAGAAGUGGGCCACCCAGUUCCAGCCCCAGUACAAGGACUCUGGUCUCCCUUCGUACCAGACCCUUGUCCUCGGUCUCGUCUCCGGUGCCAUGGGUCCCUUCUCGAACGCCCCUAUUGACACGAUCAAGACCCGUAUCCAGAAGGCCUCCAAGGUCCCUGGCGAGACUGCCUUUGGCCGCUUCAUGAAGGUUGCCGGUGACAUGUUCAAGAACGAGGGUGUCUCUGCGUUCUACAAGGGUAUCACGCCCCGUGUCAUGCGUGUCGCCCCCGGUCAGGCCAUCGUGUUCACCGUCUACGAGCGCGUCAAGCGCAUGCUCGACGCCCUCAAGGCCGACGAGACCAAGAAGGACGACUACGAGGCCUAA